GCUUGGGUAGUCGGGUCGUCAUUGCGCUGUUGAAACUUACGCAGAGAGAUAGAUCUCCGCGGCCGAAAGUCUCCCAUUCCAGCCAUUUCUCUCAUUUCUGUCUCGCCUUCUCCCUGUGGGUUUUUGGCGAGGUCCGAUUUCUCUACUUUUCCGCCUUGAGCGCCGCCGGAGGGGGGGUGUUCAGACGUCAUGGAUCCAGCUGUUGAUGCUGAACGGGCGCGGCAACUGUCGCUCUUCCGUCCUCUAGGAUACCAGCGCAACUCGUGCGGUUAUUGUAAAUCAGACAAUGGCAGUGAGUUUGGUGUCUUCCAGCCUACUCCACCUACCCUCGGUGGGGGGAUACCUGCAUCACUGACGGGGAAUCAUCCAGGUGCUUCCUACUACACGAGCUCGGUAUCCGUUCGCCCCGCCCAUUACGAGGAGCUUGUUAACCGUGGUUGGAGAAGAUCGGGGACGCUCUACUAUAAGCCGAAUUUGCAGCGAUCAUGCUGUCCUCACUACACGAUGAGGCUGGAAGCCUCCGCUUUCAAACCUCGGAGAGACCAACGUAAGGCCGUCAACCGCUGGAACAAGUUCAUCCUGGGCCCGGAGUAUAUCCGUCGUGCGGCAUACCUGUGCCCCAAAACACGAGAGGAAAAGAAGCAGCGUCGGGAUACAUUCGACCUGGCGGAUGCCGUCCACCAGGCGGAAUACGACCGGGUCAAGCGACCCAUCGACCCCAAGACCAAGAAGCCCCUGGAGCCCGCGCACCGCUUCGAGGUCAACCUCGAAGGCGACUCCAUCUCCCAAGCCAAGUUCGAGCUGUUCCUCAAAUACCAGACCACCGUUCACAAAGAGGAUGUCUCCAAAUGGCAGACCAAGGACUUCAAGCGGUUCCUCUGCUCGGGCAUCACGCGAUCCCCGGCUAACGCGGCCCGAUCCGACGAGCAGAAACUGGGCUCGUGGCACCAGUGCUAUCGGCUCGACGGUAAGCUCAUUGCCGUCGCCGUCCUAGACUUGAUGCCCCACGGCGUGAGCUCAGUCUACAUCUUCUACGACCCGGCAUAUGAAGCGUGGGAAUUCGGCAAGCUCUCCGCGAUGAGGGAGAUUGCUAUGGCAGCCGAAGAGAAGUACCAAUAUUACUACAUGGGGUACUACAUCCACUCCUGCCAGAAAAUGCGUUACAAGGGGACAUUCCGACCCCAGUACAUCCUAGACCCGGAAUCCUACACCUGGCACCCCCUUGACGGCGAACUCGCCCAGAAACUCGACAAGCGCUCCUACGUCUCCCUAUCGGGUGAUCGAGCGCGCAGCAGUAAUGGGACGACGACAACAACCGGCGACACCGAAACCGCCGCCGACGCGGGAAUCAACGACGAAGAGGUCUCUCUCUUCGACGUCCAUAUGCCAGGAGUCCUCACUCUGGAUGAGAUGCGCACGAUUGAUCUUGAUAACUGGUUACUGCUCGUCCAUGGCACGUUCGUGCAUAUGAAUGACCUGAGAGGAUGGGAAUCAAUGCCCAUGAACAACCCCCAGUCCGUCAAGGGAAUCAUAGCCGAGCUGGCGGCUGUGUUGGGGCCUGCGGUUGUGGAGAAUAGCGCAGUGGUUUUGUUCGAUUGAUUAAAAGGUUCUAUAUGUGGACUAUGGUAUUUUUUCUAGAAUAUAGCAAAGAGGAUAUAAGGAAAA